GCCGCAGAGCCGGAGAAGCAGAUGGACGAUGGGGAGAAGCACAUUUAUGAUCUGCUCACUAAUCGCUUCAAACCAGAAGCCAUCAGGGUGCAGGAUGUGAGCGGUGGCUGCGGCAGCUUCUACGCAAUCACCAUCGCAUCGAGGGAAUUUGCGGGCAAGCCCACGGUGCAGGCUCAUCGAUUGGUCAACGAGACGCUCAAGGAAGUGAUCAGUGGCAUACAUGGACUGCAGGUG